AUGGCGAGCCAAUCCUUCCAACGCGUCGCACCACACAAGCAAAGUCUCGCGGACAUCGUGCAUCUGCUUUCUUCUGCGUCACUCCCUCGCCUGACCGACUCGCUACUCCAUUCUCGCACACUACCAACCACGCUGACAACUCCCCUUCUCCUGCCGCCACCACCUUCCAAUUCCAUCUCCAAAUCCCCUUCCUCCCCAUACAUUCCCCCAUUGCAAUUCCUCUUCCUCGUCGUCUUCCUCCGUUGCCGCUGCUGCUGCUGCUCCGCUGGAUCCCAGGUACUUGAUGAUAACAAGAUGUCAUCAAACUCCACGCUAACAGAAUCGCUUCAUGAGAAAACAAUCGUCUUUGGACUUAAACUAUGGGUUGUCAUCGGGAUAGCUGUUGGAGCAUCCCUCCUGGGUGUUCUUCUUAUCCUUGUUAUAUGCCUUACCAUCCAGAGCUGGAUCAGGCGGUCACGUAGGGCAUUCAAGGAGCUGCCCAUGACCCAGAUACCUUCUGCAUUUAAAGAUAUCACAGAAGUAAGGGUGCCUGACCAUUUUUCACCCAAUGAUUUCGUUGUACAUGAUGGGCUUCUACUCGCCAUUGAGAAUGGGCCUGUUGAAUCAACGGAUAAACAUGCAGUUCAGUUGGCUCAGGAGGACAAUUCGAGGCAUAUGGAAGAGAAGAAAGUUUCAGGUUCUUUUUGUCAUGCUGAUGGCUGUGACGGAAUUCAACCUGUUUCAGUCGGCGAUCAGCCUUCAGUACAUGCUACCGCUGAUUCUGCGCCACUAGCAGGCUUACCCGAGUUCUCUUACCUUGGUUGGGGCCAUUGGUUCACUCUAAGAGAUCUAGAUGUUGCAACAGACCAUUUUUCAAAGGAUAACGUAAUUGGCGAGGGCGGAUAUGGUGUUGUGUACCGUGGAAGAUUAUCAAAUGGCACCCCAGUUGCUGUGAAGAAAAUCCUUAAUAAUUUGGGACAAGCCGAGAGGGAAUUCAGAGUGGAAGUCGAGGCAAUUGGUAAUGUACGCCACAAAAAUUUGGUCCGGCUUUUGGGGUACUGUGUUGAGGGUAUCCAGAGGAUGCUUGUGUAUGAGUUUGUUAACAAUGGGAAUCUUGAAAGUUGGCUCCACGGAGAAUUGUCCCAGUACAGCUCUCUCACAUGGUUAGCUCGCAUGAAAGUUCUUUUGGGGACUGCAAAGGCCCUUGCGUACUUACAUGAGGCACUUGAACCAAAGGUUGUGCAUCGUGACAUCAAGGCCAGUAAUAUCUUGAUUGAUGAUGAGUUUAAUGCCAAAAUAUCUGACUUUGGUUUGGCCAAGAUGCUUGGUGCUGGUAAAAGUCAUAUUGCUACUCGAGUUAUGGGUACCUUUGGCUAUGUCGCGCCUGAGUAUGCUAACAGUGGGCUUUUGAAUGAAAAGAGUGAUGUUUACAGCUUUGGGGUUCUUUUAUUGGAAGUUAUUACAGGUAGAGAUCCAAUUGACUACGACCGCCCCCCAAGUGAGGUAAACCUGGUUGAUUGGCUUAAAGUGAUGGUUGCCAACAGACGGUCUGACGAAGUGGUUGACCCACACCUUGAGAGAAGACCAUCAACAAAGGAGCUCAAACGUGCCCUUUUGACAGCUCUGCGGUGUAUUGAUCUGAAUGCUGAGAAGAGACCGCGGAUGGAUCAGGUCGUCCGGAUGUUGGAUUCUAGCGAAGCCAUACCCCAAGAGGAACGAAGACAGCGACAGAACCGCGUAUCUGAAAAUACUGAAACGGCACCAUUGAGGGGCAAGAACAGCAUCAACAGGAGUGACGACCCUGAGCAUGAGGAGAGGCCUCCCCGGUCAAAGAGUCGUACAUUUUCGGUCAAGUGAGGUAAAGAAGAGAAGGAAAGCCUAAACAUCUGAAGAUACAUAUAGAGAGAUACCUGUGCAAGAGGAAAAAUCAUUGUGGAGAAUUCUUCUGAAUAUGAUAACAGACUGGUUGAUUCUUUUCAUCCCUCAGAAGCAGGGAUUUUUGCAUUUAUUGAUACAUGGAAUGUACAGUGGUGUGUAUGACGGCUGAAGGAUGUACAGUACUAGCUUGUAAAAACGUCUGAAAAGCUCUCUGCUGUAUGAGCUACAGACUUUUCUUAUCUCUACUAUAUUGUACACACCAAGAGUAUAAAAGCAAAGAAAGAAAAUUUGACUUGU